AUGCUCAAGCCGCCCAUCAACAACUACUGCGUGUACAAUGACAGCAUCACCGUCAUGAUCGUCGGCGGGCCCAACGAGCGCACCGACUACCACGUCAACGAGACCGCUGAGUGGUUCUACCAACACAAAGGCUCCAUGCUGCUCAAGGUUGUCGACAACAACGAGUUCCGCGACAUCCACAUCCACGAGGGCGACAUGUUCCUGCUGCCGCCGAAUACCCCACACAACCCUGUCAGGUUCAAGGACACGGUGGGUAUAGUGCUGGAACAACACCGGCCGGAGGGCAGCAUGGACCGUCUGAGGUGGUACUGCCAGAGCUGUGGGGAGAAGGUCCACGAGGCCGCGUUCCACUGUACGGAUCUAGGGACGCAGAUCAAGGACGCGGUGAAUGCGUUCAAGGCGGAUACCAAGGCGAGGACGUGUGGGAAUUGUGGCACGAUAUGCGAUACCGCUCCUCCGAAACUAGACGGCAAGACCAAGAACAAGCUAGAGGAGGAGGCGAAAGACGACGUGGCGGAGGAGGAGGGAGAGAGCGCGAAGGAAGCGGAAGCGACUGCGAAGACGAGUACAGGAGAGCACGUGCCGUGGACGCCAUCGUAG